UUGCCAGGAUGGUGGAUAAGAAUAUUUACAUCAUUCAAGGGGAGAUUAACAUUGUGGUUGGGGCUAUUAAACGAAAUGCCCGAUGGAGCACCCAUACACCAUUGGAUGAAGAACGGGACCCUCUGCUGCAUAGCUUCAGUCACCUGAAGGAGGUUUUAAACAGCGUAGCAGAACUCUCAGAGAUCGAGCCCAAUGUUUUCCUUCGUCCAUUUCUGGAAGUGAUUCGCUCUGAAGACACUACUGGCCCUAUCACUGGAUUGGCACUCACGUCUGUCAACAAGUUCCUGUCCUGUGCACUCAUUGAUCCCAUGCAGGAGGGCACAGCAGAGGGCAUGGAGAACAUGGCAGAUGCUGUCACCCACGCCCGUUUUGUAGGCACGGACCCUGCCAGUGAUGAGGUGGUCCUGAUGAAAAUCCUUCAGGUUCUGCGGACUCUGCUGCUGACCCCAGUGGGUGCCCACCUAACCAAUGAAUCUGUGUGUGAGAUCAUGCAGUCUUGCUUCCGGAUCUGCUUUGAAAUGAGGCUCAGUGAGUUAUUGAGAAAAUCCGCAGAGCAUACUCUCGUAGACAUGGUGCAGCUGCUCUUCACAAGAUUACCUCAGUUUAAAGAAGAACCCAAGAACUACGUGGGGACCAACAUGAAGAAGCUGAAAAUGAGAGCAGGAGGCAUGAGUGACUCAUCCAAGUGGAAGAAACAAAAGCGGUCCCCCCGAGCCCCACGCCACACGACCAAAGUCACACCGGGCUCAGAGCUGCCCACUCCCAACGGAACCACGCUGUCCUCCAGCCUCACUGGUGGCGUGCCCUUCAUCGAUGUGCCCACUCCAGUCUCCUCUGCAAGUUCAGAAGCUGCCUCCGCAGUGGUCAGCCCCUCUACAGACAGCGGCCUGGAAUUCUCCUCCCAGACUACCUCCAAGGAGGACCUCACUGAUGUAGAGCAGCCUGGCUCUCCGGGGCACAGCACCGCUGCAGAGGCUGGGGGCAGUGAGCUCGGGGUUCCUGAGCAGCCUGAAUCCCAGGAAGGGGCCCACGCGGAAAAGGCCCAGUCAACCUCUGUGGAGUCCAUCCCUGAAGUGCUGGAGGAUUGCACGUCCCCUGCCGACCACUCAGACUCUGCCUCUGUUCAUGACACGGAUUAUGUCAACCCCCGGGGCGUGCGCUUCACACAGUCCUCCCAAAAAGAAGGCACAGCUCUGGUCCCAUAUGGUCUUCCCUGCAUCCGCGAGCUCUUCCGCUUCCUCGUCUCCCUCACCAACCCACACGACCGCCACAACUCCGAGGCUAUGAUCCACAUGGGACUGCAUUUGCUGGCGGUGGCCCUUGAGUCAGCCCCUGUAGCCCAGUGCCAGACCCUCUUGGGCCUCAUCAAGGAUGAGUUGUGCCGCCACUUGUUCCAGCUUCUCAGCGUGGAGCGACUGAACCUUUAUGCUGCUUCCCUGCGAGUGUGCUUCCUACUCUUUGAGAGCAUGCGAGAGCACCUUAAGUUCCAAAUGGAGAUGUACAUCAAGAAGCUCAUGGAGAUCAUCACUGUGGAGAUGCCCAAGAUGCCUUAUGAGAUGAAGGAGAUGGCCCUGGAGGCCACUGUGCAGCUGUGGCGCGUCCCCAGCUUCGUCACCGAGCUCUAUAUCAACUAUGACUGUGACUACUACUGUUCUAACCUCUUUGAAGACCUCACAAAGCUGCUGUCCAAGAAUGCCUUCCCUGUGUCUGGUCAGCUCUACACAACACACCUACUGUCUCUUGAUGCCCUGCUGACAGUGAUUGACAGCACUGAAGCCCAUUGCCAGGCCAAAGUCCUCAACAGCCUCACCCAGCAGGAGAAGAAAGAGACUGCCAGACCCAGCUACGAGGCAAUAGAUGGCACCCGAGAAGCUGGCAAUACUGAGAGAGCAGCCAGUGACAGGAAAGCUGUCAGCGUGGCCCCUGACGUUCCCAGCCUGCACCUGCCAGGGGGAGGGCAGCUGUCACUGGCACACGGGAAGCCAGGAUGCAGCGAUCUGGAGGAAGCUGGUGACUCUACAGCUGACAGAAAGUUUCCCCGGAAGCCACCUCGAUUUUCCUGCCUCCUGCCAGAUCCACGGGAGCUAACUGAAAUUAAAAACAAAAAGAAGCUGCUAAUCACUGGCACCGAGCAGUUCAACCAGAAGCCAAAGAAGGGCAUCCAGUUUCUGCAGGAGAAGGGCCUCCUCACCAUCCCAAUGGACAAUGUGGAGGUUGCCCAGUGGCUCCGAGAGAACCCUCGACUGGACAAGAAGAUGAUUGGAGAGUUUGUGAGUGACCGCAAGAACAUUGACCUGCUGGAGAGCUUCGUGAGCACCUUCAGUUUUCAGGGUCUACGGCUGGAUGAAGCUCUCCGCCUUUACCUGGAAGCCUUUCGUCUGCCUGGGGAAGCACCAGUUAUCCAGAGAUUGCUGGAAGCAUUCACAGAGCAUUGGAGGACUUGUAAUGGCUCCCCAUUUGCCAAUAGCGAUGCCUGCUUUGCCCUGGCCUAUGCCGUCAUCAUGCUUAAUACUGACCAGCAUAACCACAACGUUCGCAAGCAGAAUGCACCCAUGACCCUGGAGGAGUUUCGCAAAAACCUCAAGGGUGUGAAUGGUGGCAAGGACUUUGAGCAGGACAUCCUGGAAGACAUGUACCACGCCAUCAAGAACGAGGAGAUCGUGAUGCCCGAGGAGCAGACGGGCUUGGUCCGGGAGAACUACGUGUGGAGCGUGCUGCUGCACCGCGGCGCCACGCCCGAGGGCCUUUUCUUGCGGGUGCCUGCGGGCAGCCACGACCUGGACCUCUUCGCUACGGCCUGGGGCCCCACUGUCGCUGCCCUCUCGUACGUCUUUGACAAAAGCCUCGAGGAGACGGUCAUCCAGAAGGCAAUCUCAGGCUUCAGGAAGUGCGCCAUGAUCUCCGCCCACUAUGGCCUCAGCGAUGUGUUUGACAAUCUCAUCAUCUCUCUGUGCAAAUUCACAGCUCUCAGCAGUGAGUCUGUCGAGAACCUGCCCAGUGUUUUCGGAAGCAACCCCAAAGCCCACAUUGCAGCCAAGACAGUUUUCCACCUGGCCCACCGCCAUGGUGACAUCCUGCGGGAGGGCUGGAAGAACAUCAUGGAAGCCAUGCUACAGCUCUUCCGGGCCCAGCUACUGCCCAAGGCCAUGGUCGAGGUAGAAGAUUUUGUGGAUCCCAAUGGCAAGAUCUCUCUACAGCGGGAGGAGACACCCUCAAACCGAGGAGAGUCAACAGUGCUGAGCUUCGUGAGCUGGCUGACGCUGAGUGGGCCUGAGCAGUCUAGUGUGCGGGGCCCAUCCACUGAGAACCAAGAGGCCAGGAAAGUGGCCUUAGACUGUAUCAAGCAAUGUGACCCAGAAAAGACGAUCACAGAAAGCAAGUUCCUCCAGCUGGAAUCCCUGCAGGAGCUCAUGAAGGCUCUGGUCUCAGUGACACCAGAUGAGGAGACAUACGAUGAGGAAGAUGCUGCUUUCUGUCUGGAGAUGCUGCUUAGGAUUGUGUUGGAGAACAGGGACCGUGUGGGCUGUGUGUGGCAGACUGUUAGAGACCAUCUGUACCACCUCUGUGUCCAGGCACAAGAUUUCUGUUUCCUGGUGGAGCGGGCAGUGGUGGGGCUGCUGCGCCUGGCUAUUCGGCUGCUCCGGAGAGAAGAGAUCAGUGGGCAGGUGCUGCUCUCCCUGCGCAUUUUGCUGCUGAUGAAGCCCAGUGUGCUGUCCAGAGUCAGUCACCAGGUUGCCUAUGGGCUCCACGAACUCCUGAAGACCAAUGCAGCCAACAUCCACUCAAGUGAUGAUUGGGCCACCCUCUUCACACUGCUGGAGUGCAUCGGCUCAGGUGUGAAGCCUCCGGCAGCUCUGCAGGCCCCGGCCAGGGCCGAAGCGCCUGAUGCUGGGGCCCAGUCAGACAGUGAGCUCCCAUCCUACCAUCAAAAUGAUGUGAGCCUGGACCGAGGGUACACUUCCGACUCAGAGGUCUACGCUGAGCACAACAGGCCUGGCAAGAUACACCGGUCAGCCACAGACGCCGACGUGGCCAACAGUGGCUGGCUAGUGGUGGGAAAGGACGACCUUGACAGCCCCAAGCCAGGCCCAGGAUCCAGCCGUCCAGGAGCUUCACCCCUGGUCAAUCAGUACAGCCUGACGGUGGGACUGGACCUGGGGCCACAUGACACCAAGUCCUUGCUGAAGUGUGUGGAGUCGCUGUCCUUCAUCGUGCGCGAUGCUGCCCACAUCACACCCGACAACUUUGAGCUCUGUGUCAAGACUCUGCGCGUCUUUGUGGAGGCCAGUCUGAAUGGCGGGUGCAAGUCCCAGGAGAAACGUGGCAAGAGUCACAAAUACGACAGCAAAGGGAACCGCUUCAAGAAGAAGCCCAAGGAGGGUUCGGUGCUGCGGCGGCCUCGCGCCUCUGGCCAGCACGCCACCCGGGGUGGGCACAGUGAUGACGACGAGGACGAAGGUGUGCCUGCCAGCUACCACACGGUGUCUUUACAGGUCAGUCAGGACUUGCUAGACCUGAUGCACACCCUGCACACGCGGGCGGCCUCCAUCUACAGCUCGUGGGCGGAGGAGCAGCGCCCCCUGGAGACCGGGGGCAGGAGGAUCGAAGCAGAUUCUCGCACCCUCUGGGCCCGCUGCUGGUGCCCUUUGCUGCAGGGCAUCGCCUGCUUGUGCUGUGAUGCCCGGCGCCAGGUGCGGAUGCAGGCCCUCACCUAUCUGCAGCGAGCACUCCUGGUGCACGACCUGCAAAAGCUGGAUGCCCUGGAGUGGGAGUCCUGCUUUAACAAGGUGCUGUUUCCUUUGCUGACCAAGCUCCUGGAGAACAUCAGUCCUGCAGACGUGGGUGGGAUGGAAGAGACCCGGAUGAGGGCUUCUACACUGCUCUCCAAGGUCUUCUUGCAGCACCUGUCCCCGCUGCUGUCGCUGUCUACCUUUGCGGCCCUCUGGCUCACCAUCUUGGACUUCAUGGACAAGUACAUGCACGCGGGCUCCAGUGACCUGCUGUCAGAGGCGGUCCCCGAGUCUCUGAAGAACAUGCUCCUGGUGAUGCACACGGCGGAGAUUUUCCGCAGCGCAGACGCCCGGGGAGGCCACCCCUCCGCCCUCUGGGAGAUCACCUGGGAGCGCAUUGACUGCUUCCUGCCCCAUCUGCGGGACGAGCUCUUCAAGCAGACGGUCAUCCAGGACCCCCUGCCCGUGGAGCCCCCUGGCCAGAAACCCCUGGCCUCGGCGCACCUGACGCCUGCUGCUGGUGACACCAGGACGCCUGGCCAUCCCCCUUCCCCGGAAGCACCCUCGGAGCUGGGGGCCUGUGACUUGGAGAAGCCCGAGGGCCCCCGAGCCGCUGGCAGCAGCUCCCCGGGGUCCACAGUGGCCUCCAGCCCCAGCAGGCUGAGCCCUGCCCCAGAGGGCCCAGCCCCGCUGGCUCAGCACCCACUGAUUCUGCAGCCCCUGGCAUCCCCGCUGCAGGUGGGCGUGCCCCCCAUGCCUCUGCCCAUCAUCCUCAACCCGGCGCUCAUUGAGGCCACCUCCCCGGUGCCCCUCCUGGCUGCACCACGCCCCACAGAUCCCAUGCCUGCCUCUGAGGUCAACUAAGGCGGUUGCCCCUGAGAUGAGGACCGGUGCUUCCCAGCAGGCUGUCCAGGGACCACAGACUCUUCUGACCAGGCCGAGCUGCUGUGGCGGCCAUGUGGAUGGGGACCUAAACAAGAGAAAGCUUGGACAGCCCUGGCAGAGACCCCCGGUCAGACUGCAGGCCCUCCUUCCUCUGCUCUCCAUCCCUGGGGUGCAGCCUGAGCGCGCCCUCGGGUGUUCCCUGCAGCCGCUGCCUCCAGCCCGGCAGCUCUGGGGAGGCGGCGCUGUGCCAGCCCUGCCGGGCCGGGCCCCUCCUACCCGCGGCCAGUGCCCGGGCCACACCCAGCCACUCUGCACUUUGUCUCCCUCCCCCAGCCCUGGGCCACCUCCAGUUCUUCCUCUUGUACUAACAGUCGGUCAGUUGGAGGGUCGACUGGCAUGGAGGGGGCAGGGGCUGGACGGAGCCUGCCCACAGGAGCAUGUACAUACCGAAAAGCGGGAUGGCGGCGGACUUUUAUGAUACAAUAAAUGUC